CGGCCACACAUUGGAUUCAACUUUGCGUCCAAUAUUGGCUAUAAUUUGAAAUGAUCAAACUACUGCACUAUACAUUGGCUUCAAUGUCAACUUUGUAACCAAUGAAUGGAAACAGACUAGCUCAUUGGGCCAGUCCCAAACGUGGUAGCAGAGAAGCGAAGACGAUGGACGAUAAUUUAUUUGGACUAGCGGCUUACGCGUACGGACUAGGUACAUAUGCUUAUUACUUGCAUCAGACAAGUAAUCAACGGAAGAAAAGGCGGUGGUGGAUGCUAAAAAUGCACACUUCAGGAUUAACACACGGAAGUGAGUUUUUGGCGGAGCUGCUUCAUGAGCCAUCAGGACAAUUUGAAAAUUUCUGCAGAAUGUCAUCAUCUGAUUUUGAAUAUUUACUAGAAAAAAUUAGCCCAAUCAUAGCAAAGAAAGAUACAUAUUGGAGAAAAGCCAUUCCACCUAAAGUCCGGUUGGCUGUAACUUUAAGAUUUCUUGCUACAGGAGAUACAUAUAAAUCACUUCAUUUUCUUUUUAAAAUAUCCAGCCAAAUAAUAUCAAAAAUCGUGCCAGAAGUUUGUAAAGCGAUUGUUAUUGUUCUUCAAGAUGAAGUCAAGUGGCCCACCACGGCAGAACAGUGGCAACAGAUUGCCUCGCAGUUUCAAGAAAGGUGGCAAUUCCCGCACUGUCUAGGAAGUAUAGACGGAAAGCACGUUCGAAUGCAAUCACCUAUUCACAGUGGAUCCGAUUAUUACAACUACAAACAAUACUUCAGUAUCGUUCUGCUAGCAGUUGUAGACAGCAACUACAAUUUUAUGUUUGCUAAUGUGGGUUGUCAGGGAAGGAUUAGCGAUGGAGGUGUUUUUAAUAACAGUGCUUUAAUGGAAAAAAUAUAUGGUAAUAACACAAAUUUUCCUACGGAAUCCUGUCUUCCAGGACGUUUGACAAAAUGCCCUUAUGUGUUUAUUGGUGAUAGCGCGUUUGCACUGUCUACUAAGAUAAUGAAACCAUAUCCGGGCAAUCCACCACAUGGCAGCAAGAACAGAAUAUUCAAUAAAAGGUUAUCUCGUGCUCGAGUUGUAGUUGAAAAUGCUUUCGGGACCAUGUCAUCGAUAUUUCGAGUAUUUAGAGCACCACUAUUUUUACAGCCCGAGCAAGCAAAAGUAAUAACUUUAACUUGUAUCUAUUUACAUAAUUUUUUAAAAAACAGCCGUUCCUCUAGGCCUCUAUAUGCCUCAGAAGGAACUUUUGAUUAUAUGGAAAAUGGUGAAUUGCGUGAAGGAGCCUGGAGACAGCAGUACCAAAAUGCCGAUGCAUUCGGACCACUUGAGAGACUUCCUAUUAGGCCGCGGGCUAGUGCUUUAGAUGUAAGAGAGGAGUUCGCUAAUUAUUUCAUUCAAUAAUAAUUGAAUAUUCAAGUAUGUUUUGUCUAUACUUAAUACAUAUUAUAAAGAGGAAAGAUUUGUUUGUUUGUUUGUUUGAAUUGAAUAGGCUCCGAAACUACUGGACCGAUUUGAAAAAUUCUUUCAGCCUAGGAUAGCUACAUUAUCAGGAAGUAACAUAGGCUAUAUUUCAUUCCCGAACUCCCACGGGAACGGGAAUUACGCGGGUGAAACCGCGUGGCGUCCACUAGUCUUAAUAAAUAGUGGAAAUCAAAAAUAAAUUUUAACUUUAACUAAACCCAUUAAAAUAAUAAAAGCUCGAUGGCAACAGUUGCCCUUUUGCACUUCUGUAAUUCCUUUUCCAACUCGUAAAAUUUAUUGUUUCUAAUGUAGGUACAUUUUAGAGGUACUUUUUCUAGAAGGAAAUGACGUUGCAACAUUGGCUUCACAAUUUUAAUUCCUUAAAUCUUUUAUAGUUAGUAGUUAGAGUAGUUUACUAUAGUGAUAUAGGUAGGAGACAACUAUGGAGGAGACAACUUUGCGUUGACGCGCACCAUUCAUGUAAGGUGUUUGUAGAUAAGUCUUACUUUACUUAAAAUUUAAUAAAUUUUAUUUUAACUAAGAAGAAAAAUGACUUUUUUAUUGUAACUAACCUCCGUAUCCUGUGUAGGUUUGCACUCAUAAUUUUGUCCCAAAAAGCAAUCCAUAGCUUGGAAUGCGAACCAAUUAGUUUCAUAGACUUCGUUCCGCCCAGCACCUGAUUUAAUGGAUCUCUUCUUCUUAUUUAAAUGAUAUCUAUAAGUCGUCAUUAAUGACUCCUUUUUUCUUUUUAAUUCAGCAAUAGUGACGCCAGAUAAGCUAAAAGAGGCGCGUAUUCGUUCCCAAGCAUCCGCCAAAGCAUUUCUGUUUUUGUGCAACUUACUAGUGGAGUCCCACAACGCUGGUUCUCCUUGGUAUAACUCGAUAAACUCCAAGACAUCAGCAUUAGACCAUUCAGUCGAAGGCGUUGCCAUUGCGAAACCAGAGUACUACAUUCACGUACGAACAGGACCCGUAUCUCAAGGCGACUGACAGAGACGAUAUGUGUGGCGCGAGCGCCGCGUUGUGUCCAAGAUGCCCCCGCGCACUCCCCUUUCAUUCCCCUCUCCUUUGAACGUGUAUCGAAAACCGACACUGAGCGCGUUAGUAUUGGGCAUUGGACAGUGAUUGGAUGCAAUGUCUACAUUGUGUCAAAGUACCGAUACAUACAUUGGUGCAUUGGGCGCAAAACGU